ACCAUUCAGUUCUCUCUUGGUGCAGUGUUCUCAAAGAGAAGGAAUCUAAACUCAAAACAGUCAUACCUUAGGCAAUAUGCAAGGACUACGUAUCUUAGUUACCAUUGUUAGCCUCGCUGUGGUCAAUGGUUUCCCGGAUGGGGCUCCCGCCGAUACUUGCGUGAAAACUCGUUUCAAUCAACCAAACCAUGGUGCCGCGAGAACUCAGGAUUUAGGCACUAGCCCCUACCGCGUAACUGCAAGCGGCAGUCACUAUGGGCCGGGUACACAGAUUCAGGUGGAUAUCAGUGGUCACGAUGUGUUCCGUGGGUUCUUCCUGCAGGCCCGGGAUGCCCAAUCGAAUGAGUGGAUCGGCGAGUGGAUCGAGUCGCCUAACACCAAAACUAUCCCGGAGUGUUCGGGCAUUACGCAUGCCGACAACAAGGAUAAAGAACGAGCAUCGUUUAUCUGGAAUGCGCCGAAGGGCCACCAAGGACAAGUGUACUUCACGGGCACAAUCGUGAAAAAUUAUGGCACCUUCUGGGCAAAUUUGAUUGCCGAAGCACCAGCCGCUGCAGCACCCCAUUAUGGAUGAGCCCGAGGCUUCGGAAUGAGUCAAAGGUUUAACAAAAAUGUAUAUAAAUUCGAGCUCCCCGAGCUUAGGUGGA